AUGAAGAGUCGAAUAAAAGACAUCAAUGUGAUUUGGUCCCUUCUUCUAUUUCUACUAUCAAAUGGAGUCGUCACAAAAACCCUGCUGAAACUCCCAACAACAGCACCGACGGGAUGGUUGAUAAGUGAUUUACGAUUUCAAAAUCUAAUAGGAGAUAGAGAGAAUGCAACACUACAACCAUCAAUAUAUAGUACAUGUUUUCAAGUGGACGACGGACACAGAAUCACCACGAACACAUCGAUCAGUCAACUCCGCGGGGAGCUCUUCGAACUAUUCCUCAACAUCCAAGAGGACAAUUUCCAUCGUCUCGUCACCCUUCAUCUCUACGUGGAACCUCCAAAUAAUUUGACCUACCACCAACACGCGAAAUUUCUUGCUACAGUAUACCAGUCGACCAUCUACACUGACCAACCACCGGGCACAUCUUUGGUAUUCUCUGUGCCAAUUUCCGUCGAAAAUUAUCGAAAAAACUCAAAAAAUCCGGUGAUUUCCCCGAUUUCCCAAGUGCCCGACAUGUUUUCCAUUGUGCCACGUGGCGAAAAAUCAAUCGAUAUUCUAUUGACACGGAAUCUGGAGUCAGAAGACGUCAGGAGGCAUGUCUUCUAUCUUGGAGCAUUUACUGAGGAUUCAGGAGAUGUGGCGGCCCAAACCAAAGUGAUCAUCGACGUCGCGGAUUCUGGAGACGUCAAUUUUCUUCUGGAGUCAAAGAAGUCGACGGUGACUUUUGGAGAAAAGAUUCCAGCGAAUUCGACGGUUUUUGAUGUGAAAAAGAGAAACGUGUCGGAACCCCUGCAUUUCCACCUCUCCCAACCGUCCCGUUUCUUCCAAAUCGAUCAAUUCUCGGGUCGCGUGUCAACUACCGUACUCCCCGUGGGUUACGGUAUCUAUCAUAUCCACGUGGUCGCCCGGAACAGUCGGAAACAGCACUCCGACGCCUGGCUGGAAAUCGUCGUCAGGAGGAUAUCGAGGAAUACGACGAAUUCAGAUGAGAUUCAGAAGACGUCACGGUCACGACGUCAUCUGGAUGAUUUGAUAUUCAGAAUCAAGGAGAAUUCGACGAGAGACGAGAUUGAGAACAAGAAAAUGAGAAUUCCCCUAUUCCCUGGCGAAACGAUCGGUGAGAUCACCGUGGCGAAAGAGUGGCUGAAAAUCGAUGACGAUGGAAAAAUCAAUAUUCUGAAAGCGUUGAAUUUCGAAAAAAUGAGUUCCAUCAUUGCGACGGUGCCGAUUAAUGGAUUGCAGAGUAGCCGCACCCAGACGAUUCGAAUCCAUGUGGAAGAUGUCGACGAACCGCCCAGUUUUGUGAAUUCUCCGCUUCCUAUGCUCGCCGUGGUCCCUCUGAAUCCAACAAUCGGACGGAUUGUCUAUCAAUUUGUGGCACGCGAUGAGAAUGGAGAUGGCGAUUCGAAUGUUCUGUACAAGGAGAUCGAUGUGAUUCCCGCGGGUUCGUUCUCAGUCGAUUCGAAAUCUGGAGUCGUCCGUACUGGAUGGAGUAAAUAUGAAAGAGGAGAGACAUACCGUAUCUCAGUACAAGCAAUCGAUAUGACACCCACUGACAACUCGACAUCUCAACUAUCGGAAGUGGCGAUUCUCGAGAUUCUAGCUGAUGAACGGCCGCCGCAAUUCGCGAAACAAGAGUACGAGGUGACGGUGUCCGAAGAUAAUUUGGUGGAUUAUAGUGUGGUCGACGUGAAAGCGCAAUCAUUUCGAAGCAUCGAGGACGGUCGUUCGAAGGGACCCAUCAUCUACUCCCUCGAAGGAGACACCCCAGACGAAACGAAAUGGUUUCGAAUCAAUCCGUCAACAGGGAUAGUUCAUUUAACAAGACAACUCGACUACGACGAUCAAUCCCUUCCGAAACAACAUCAACUGAAAGUGACUGCUCGAGAGGACAACCGAGAGAGCCACGUGGCAUUGACUAUUCGGAUUGAUGACGUCAAUGACAAUAUUCCAAUGUUCACUCGUCCACUGUAUACUGCUCAAGUCAGGGAGGAUAUCCCGCUGAAUCAGACUAUUUUGAAAGUGACCGCCAUCGACAAGGACUCUGGCGACAACUCUCGUAUCACUUACUCCCUGGACAACCAGAAUUUCUCAAUCAACGAGAACGGAGAGAUCAGUGCAAAAGUCCGUUUAGACGCCGAUCAAUUCAACGAACGACACUUUGUCUACCGUUUCAAUGUGACCGCCCGUGAUCACGGACACACGAAUCAGUUGGAAAGUACGGCGAUGGUACAUAUCCGGACGGAGAAUACGAAUGAUGAAAGUGCGGUUUUCUUGCCGACCAGUCAGUAUACUGCAUUCGUGGCCGAGGAUGCACAGGGAGGGACUCCCGUUAUUCAAAUACAGGCCCGAGACGCAGACCGUGACGAAGUGACCUACUCGUUCCUUGACAAAAACGAGCGUUCCACUCAAACCAUGAAUCUAUUCACAAUCGAUCAACACACGGGACUCGUCAAGUUGAGACAUGGAGUGUCUCCAGUCGAUUUGGCUGAAACACCAAAUCCCAUCAAUCUGACUGUAAUUGUACAGGACGACGGGAGUUGUUGUGUCUAUCCGUCGAAGACUCAUGCUUCGUAUGCCACGUUGUUAAUUGGGAUUGAGGAUGUCAAUAAUAAUAAACCAGAGUUUCCAGACUGCGCCCGUUACUCAGAAAUCGCUAAAAUCCAGGAAGGAACCUACAAAUCCGACCCUCCAACCAUUGUGAAAGUGGAGGCGACAGAUGAUGACUCGUCAGCCAACGGUGAUAUUGUAUACUCUCUGUAUUAUACUCAAUCGGAGAGUCGGAAAGCGUUCGUCAUCGAUCGGCAUACUGGAAUACUCACACCUUCUCCACAUGUUGUGUUUGAUAGGGAGACAAGGCCACGGGAGGAUGUUACUGUCAAAGCAACCGACCGCGGCGACCGUCCGCUCAUUGGUUUCUGUCAAUUCUCGGUGGAAGUUGUGGACGUGAAUGACAAUUCUCCACAGUUCGAACGUCCCUCCUACGAGACAUCUGUCUCCCGGUUUGAAUCUAUCGGAACCUCUGUGAUUACUGUAUUCGCGUUUGAUAACGAUGCAGCACACAAUGCGGAAAUCUCCUAUUCUUUGGAGGUGGACUCUACGGCAGGCGAAGAGCAUCAAAACGACAUUGAUUUCUUUGAACUCGUAAAUCGCCGAUCCGGAGAGAUCACCCUGAUCAAAUCGAUUCCAAUGAAGACUCAAAAGUUUAUUUUCAACGUGAUAGCCGACGAUAACGGAAUGCCGGAUGCCCUUCAAUCGACCGCCCAAGUCGUUUUAAACGUUUUGGACAAACAACAGAAAGCACCGAAAUGGCAACUAUCACCAGACUGCAAAUCAGUGAUUACUGUAGCCGAGAACGUGGAAAUGAAUAAAGUGAUAUUGAGAUGUCGGGCGGUUUCAUCUGGAGACUCGAAGAAGAAAAGUGACGUCAUCUAUAAAUUGACGGCGUCGGCUGGAGGACAGGGCCAAUCGAAAGCCGAGUCGAAAUUCCGACAGUUUAAUAAAUUUGAGAAUGGAAACGAGUGGGUUGAGGUGGCGAUUAUGGAGGGAUUGGAUUACGAGCAGGUCAACAAUUACACGUUGACACUCACGGCUACGGACAUGACAUCCCACGUGGCAUCUACGAAGACAUUCGUCGUUGAAGUGAUGGACGUGAACGACGUGGUUCCCCAAUUCACAGUUGACUUGUUCACGGGAACAAUUGAUGAAGAAAUGACACCGAAUGAGUAUUUGGAGAGAACCCAAGGAAAACCGAUUGUUACUGUGAAAGCAAUCGAUACGGAUUCCGAUGGUCCCCAGAAUGAAGUACACUAUCGGAUAGUCGGUGAAGCGAAUGGAGAAGAGACGAAACACUUUCGAAUUGACGAGUUGACCGGAGAAAUAUUCCCCAAUGAAAAAUUCGACCGCGAAAAAGUUGAUAUGUAUAUUCUCACUGUGGAGGCAAGCGAUCGGUCGGUUUCAGCAUUGCCAGGAGCAAAUGGACCGAAUAAAGACAACGUAAAAGUGCAAAUUGUGAUAAACGACGUGAACGACAAUGCUCCAUCGUUCGAAGAGUCCAAAUAUAUUGGACGUGUGAAGGAAUCAGAAGGGGAGGGACAUGACGUCAUCACUAUCAAGGCACACGAUUUGGAUAAACAUUCCAACCUUCGCUACCAUCUAAUCGGCGCCGGUGGCGGCCGUAUUCCAUUCGGAGUCCGUACUGAUUCUGGAACAAUCUUUGUGAAAGAACCCCUGGAUUUCGAGUCAUCCGACCAAUAUCAUCUCAUCCUAAUCGCCUCGGACGGGCGGCACAAUGCGACAACAAACGUGUACAUUCAUAUAGAAGACGUGAAUGACAACGCCCCGCAAUUCGAGCAAUUAAAAUACGCGACUACAGUAAUCGAAGAGGACGUGGACGUGCCAAAAGUGUUGUUCAAUGUGAGGGCAACGGAUGCGGAUCAGGAUGAGAAAUCGAGUCGAAUAGUGUAUCGAUUGGAGGGACAAGGGGCUGAUGAGGUGUUCCGGAUUGGAAAGUAUUCGGGGACCAUCGAGUUGGUGAGACCUCUUGAUAGAGACCCACCGACUGGCGUGCCUUCGUGGAAUUUCGUUGUGCAGGCGAUAGAUGAUGAUGGAAAUGGUCUGGUAGGAUAUGCGGAUGUGCAGGUGAAUGUGAGGGAUAUCAAUGACAAUUCACCGAUAUUCCCGGAGCGUCUGUAUGGAUUCAUUGAGGAGAAUCGGGAGCCUAUUCACUCGGAAGGUGUCUAUUUCAUGGAUGUACAGGCCCGUGACUUCGAUGAUCCAACGACAGAGAAUGCGAACAUUGAAUAUGGAAUCGUCAGAAAUAAACUGAUAAAUGGAGAACCUGUAUUCCGGAUAGAUCAGAAUACGGGAAAGAUAUUUGCAAUGCGUUCUUUGGACCGAGAGAUCAGUUCAGAGAGGGAAUUCAUUAUAGAAGUUCGAGCAAAUGAUAGAGGAGUUCCGUCGAGAGAGGGAUUCGCGAAUGUCACUAUUAAAGUGACUGAUAUGAAUGAUAAUGCACCGUUCUUCGAGAAGACCCGUUACGAAGGCUCAGUCGACGAGACCGCCCCAAUCGGUGCAGCCGUAAUGAGUUUCUCCGCAUUCGACGCUGAUGAGGAGGCUAAAGACAACGUGUUCACUUAUCAGUUGGCAGAGGAAUCCGAGUAUUUUUAUGUGACAACUGAUAAGGAUUCAAAACAGUCUUCGGUGGGAGUACUCAGAGUUAAACAGAUCCCAUCACGGCUUAGACUAGUUUUGUAG